GGUUCAUGAUUAUUCUCGUUUCACGCAAGACGAAAACAACAUUGGUAGACGAAUUGUGUUAAUUACAGUGCGAUUUGUGAAAUUAAGCAGCGUAAUUAUGGCGGCGGUGUUGAAUAAUUUUGUAAAUUCCUUCACGAACAGAUUGGAAUCACCAGUUAGACAACACUUAAAAAAUGUCUACGGUUGUCUGUCCUUGUCAACAUUAUCAGCUGCUGCAGGAGCUUAUAUUCAUUUAUACACAGAGCUCCUGGAGGCUAAUUUAUUAACGACUCUUGGUACUUUUGGUCUUCUUUUUGCUUUAAUUAGCACACCAGAUAAUGGAAAAAAUCAAAAAUUGCGGCUCAGCUACCUUCUGGGAUUUGCAUUUUUAUCCGGGCUUGGAUUGGGUCCUUUACUUCAUUUGGUCAUAAGUAUUAACCCAAGUAUUGUAAUAACUGCACUUAUAGGAACGACCGUUGUGUUUGUAUCAUUCAGUAUUUCUUCUCUUUUGGCUGAACGAGGUCGUUGGCUGUACCUUGGCGGUACUCUAAUUAGCUUACUAAAUAUUAUGGUUCUGUUUUCAAUUCUCAAUCUCUUCCUCCGUUGGUCCUUGUUUUACCAAGCCCAUUUAUAUAUUGGAUUAUUCCUGAUGUGUGGUUUUGUCAUUUAUGACACGCAAUUGAUCAUUGAAAAAUACCACAUGGGCAGCAAAGAUUUUAUCCUGCAUUCAUUUGAUCUUUUCAUAGAUUUUAUUAGUAUUUUCCGUCACCUUCUUAUAAUCCUUACACAGAAGGAAAUAUCAAAAGAACAGCGUAAACGCAAGAAUUAAGCGAGAGUAAAGGAGGUUGUAAAGUAUCAUACCAUUCAAGUAAAUCCAUGAGCUAGAGGUCUUCAUCUAAUCUAAUCAUAUCGUUUAGGGCGUUUUUAAAUCGAACGAAAGUAUUUUCAUUUGAACGCAAGAAAUAAAAUUAAAAAAAAAAAAAAACACAAGAUUUGGAAUUAAAGGACUGAAAUCUUAUUUAUUAAAAUGUAACUUUACACGUAUGAUCAUCAUUUACAUGUGUAUAUAAAACACAAAAAUUACACGUCACGCAUCGAUUUAGGUGAAUAUAAAAGAUGUAUGAGAAAACAAAUCGAUGAUAAUGAAAUGUAACACACGAAUGCGUUGCGAAAAUGUACAUACGUUGAGAUUGUGUACAAAAUGUGUACAAUACGUCAAUAAGUGAUUAAUCAAUCACCUUUGAAUACAUUUAAUACGGACGCUGACGAUCCCUGUCUCUAUCUCCACGGCUGAAAAAAGAUGCAAAUAAUCAAUAAAGAUCUAAAGAAACAUA